GCAACCGUUAAAACUUAAAACACGCAUGUGCUGUCAACGCGUGCGUGGCGCGUGUGUAUAUCGCAUGCGAUCGUGUACAAGAAUGCAUGCGAAUGUGUGAUAUGCCUGCAAAGGCUGCUAAGUGCAAAGUUGAUAUUCGUUAGUUUUGUUUAUAUAUUGCUCAAAAAAUUUUAAAAUGUGAAGAGAGCUCUCGAAUUUAAACAAACUUGAUACACUCAAAAAAAUUUUACUCAAUCCUAUUGUAUCACUCUUUAAAAUGCGAGUUUUCUGUCCAGGCCUAAUAUAACCUGUAUUCAAUAAUAUACUUUGAUCCCUUUUUAAUUAAAAUCUGCAAAUAUGACUGAAUCCGAGAAUAAAGUGCAAGAGGUUAUUGAUCCUAAUGCAAUUACUGAAGAAGACAAGCAAUUUUUACAAGAUUAUGUGAACGAAACGGAGCAGAGACUAGCAGCAAAGGAGGAGAUUAGAGCCUCCAAUGUCAAUGUAACGAGACCUCCAGAUUCUUAUUUUAGUAAAUUGGACUCGAGUCUCAAGAGGAAUACUACUUUUGUUAAAAAACUGAGGAAUUUUAGUGCUCCUCAGCUUGAUGGAUUCCUGAAGGACAUGUCUAAUUUGAAUUUGACUAAGUAUGUCAGCGAAGUUGCGACUGCCUUGGUAGAUGCUAAACUCAAAAUGACGGAUAUUGCGCCUGCUAUUAAAGCUUGCAGCUUUCUGCAUCAGACCUAUGCUGAAUUUUCUGUUCACUUUUUUGAAAAUUGGCAGAAGAACUUGUCUUUGAAAGUCGGAGAAAAAAUCUCUAAUCCCAGUAAACUUCGAGUGGACCUUAGAUUUUACGCCGAACUUGUCAAUGCUGGCAUCUUCACUCACAAGCAGGGUCUAUCGCUACUGGGAUCUGUCUUAACGGUCCUAAUAAACAUGGACAAAGAAGAGCACAACAAUGCAAGCAUAAUUCUCAGUUUUUGUCGCCACUGUGGAGAGGAUUACGCAGGACUGGUACCCAGAAAAAUUCGAGAGUUAUCAGAAAAGUUGAACGUGUCGAUACCAAAAAGCAAACUGCUUUCCCCGGACAAGCAACAAAAUGUGAAACUGUUACUUAGGGACUACUACAAUUCCCUGUGUAAGCAUUUGGUUAAAGAGCACAAAGAUUUGCAAGCUUUCGAAAAGCAAAAUCGAAAAAUCCUUCAAACAAGGGGAGAAUUAAGCACAGAAAGAAAAGAAAAACUCGAAGCACUCCAAGUUUCUUACGAACGUCUUUUAACUAGCGUACAAAAUUUCUCAGAUACCUUAGACGAACCGAUGCCUGAACUUCCGGUUGAUACUGAAGUCAAAAUGGAAACAGAGGAAUCGUUAAAGUUAAAUAAUGAAGGCGAAGAAAAUAGCACAAUGGAAGAUAUGUGGGGCGAUGAAGAAACGAGAAGAUUCUACGAAGUUUUACCAGAUUUGACGGUUUUUCUGCCAGGGUCUUAUUUAAAAGAAGUUGUCAAACAAGAUGUGCCGAUAACCGAAGAGGUUUUGGAUGAGGAAUUAAAUUUUUAUGAGAUCGAAGAAAUUGAGAAAGUUGAUGAACCUGAGCCAGAAGUCGAGGAACCUCAAGUUGCAAAUGUAAGCAAUAAAUUUCUCUUGGACGCGUAUAUCACUCAUCUGCCUAAUUGCGUUAAUCGCGAGAUGAUAGAUAAUGCAGCAGUGGAUUUUCUCAUAAACCUCAACACCAAGCAUAAUAAAAAGAAAUUGAUAAAAGCACUUUUCGGUGUCUCCAGGAUUCGUUUGGAUUUAUUACCAUUUUAUUCUCGACUCGCAGCGAUUCUUUAUCCUGCUAUGCCAGAUGUAGCUAAUGACUUAUGUCUUAUGUUGAAACAUGACUUCAAGUAUCAUGUCCUUAAAAAGGAUCAGAUUAAUAUAGAAUCAAAGAUAAAAGUAGUGAGGUACAUAGGCGAACUUGUCAAGUUUAAACUCUAUUCUAAAAUGGAAGCUUUGUAUUGUUUGAAAGUUUUAUUGCAUGACUUCACACACCAUCAUAUUGAAAUGGCUUGUAAUUUGUUAGAGACUUGUGGAAGGUUUCUAUUCUGCACGCCAGAUUCGCAUCAGAGAACAAAGAUUUAUUUGGAGCAGAUGAUGAGAAAGAAGGCUGUCACGGCUCUUGAUUCUAGAUAUGUGACUAUUAUUGAAAAUGCAUAUUAUUUUGUUAAUCCGCCGGAGUCUACGGGAGGACUUACGAAAAAGGAGAGACCGCCGGUUCAUGAAUUCAUGAGGAAAUUGUUGUAUCAAGAUUUGUCGAAGACUAAUACUGACAAAGUGCUCAAGUGGAUGCGAAAAUUGGACUGGGAGGAUGAAACUGUUUCAUCAUAUGCAAUUAAAUGCCUCACUGCUGCUUACAAUGUCAAGUAUUUGAACAUCAGAUGUGUGGGAAGUCUUUUGGCGGGACUCGUAGCGCAUUACGAAGCCGUUGGUCCCUACGUCGUCGACGGUGUCUUGGAAGAUAUAAGACUCUGCAUGGAGAUAAACCUUCCCAAGUACAAUCAACGCCGAGUCGCCAUGGUCAAAUACCUGGGGGAACUUUACAAUUACCGAAUGGUAGAAAGUGGCGACAUAUUCCGAACCCUUUAUCUUUUAAUAACUUUUGGUGUCAGUCUGGAACACGGCGUCCCAAGUGUUCUAGAUCCUCCUGAACAUUUAUUCCGCAUCAGACUCGUCUGCACUCUUCUUGAAACCUGCGGCCAAUAUUUCAGCGGCGGCUCGAGUAAAAAGAAGCUCGACUACUUUUUGAUAUUCUUCCAACAUUAUUACUGGUUCAAGCGCACAGACCCUAUUUGGACCUCCGAAAAUAUUUUUCCAAUUGAUGUUGACUACAUGUUUCGGGACACUCUCACCAUGUUGAGACCAAAGAUGCAGCUUUUCGAAAAUUACAAGGAAGCCCAAUGUGCUGUUGAAGAACUUCGAAAUACUCUCUAUCCUUCCCUUUCGACUCCGGUUAACGAAGAUCAGCUGAUUGGGGAAAACGAAAUGGGAGUAAUUUUAGAAGCAGAUGAAGAAACGGCGCAAGCUACCGGAAAUGGGAGUGGAGAUGCGAAGGGAGUGGCAGAUUUGCAUUUUGAGGAAUCUGAAGAUUACUCCGAAGGCCAGUCUGAAGAAGAUUGGUUGGUUGACGGUGAGAGAGAAGAACACCAGGGAACACGGGAAAAUACGCAGGGAGAACAGAGUUUAUCUGAAGGAUGUACUGAUGGUGUUAUUAUGGAUGCUUCCGAAUUGGACGCAGCUCUUCCCUCAGGACCAAAGAGAGUCACUUGUCCAGAAGAUGACGAUUUCUUGUCAGCUCUUGAUAAAAUGGUGUCUGAUAAUAUUCAGGAUAGAAUGCGUGAUUCUGUAAAGCCUCAGCAAGUUGAUAUUUCGGUACCGCUUCACGUGAAAAGUACAAAAAAAACUUACGAACAAUUGCAAGAAGUUCCUUCGGAUAAUACGACUGUCGAUUUUGUUCUGAUGUUGAGAAAAGGAAAUAAGCAACAGUAUAAGAAUUUAGCAGUCCCCGUGUCUUCCGAGUUGGCGAUGAAUUUGAGAAAUCGAGAGCAGGAGCAGAAAGAAGAGAAGGAAAAAGUGAAGAGAUUAACACUCAAUAUCACGGAAAGACAAGAGGAGGAGGAUUAUCAAGAAACUAUAAGUCAAGGUGCUAGACCCGUGACAGUGAACUUGAACAGGGAAAGGCGACAGAAAUAUAAUCAUCCGAAAGGAGCUCCUGAUGCAGAUCUUAUCUUUGGUCCUAAAAAAAUCCGAUGAAGGAAUAUAUAGGACAAUCGAUACAGUGAUUAAAAGCGACAUGAAUUUUGGUGAAACGAACAUAGUUUUGGGGUUUCCGAAAUUCUGAUCAAACCUGCUCGUAAAUGCCUUAUCGUUUUUAUUUGUAUAUUUGCAAGUGCUUUUUGCAUAAUAUACAGAGAAUAUAUAGCAGUGAACCGACUGGUUUGUAAUAUAUGUGAAGAUUGUGAUAUUGUAAAUAUCUUGAGUGUAGCUGACAGAAAUCGUGGAUGCUAUUUCCAAGACUUCUAUACUACUGCGAGCAUUACUUUGAGUUUGUAAAUUUUCUAUGAGAAAGGAAAAUAAAGGCAACGUAUUUCAGAAUAA